AUGGCCAAGGAAGCUCCCGCCAAAACCGGUCUGACCGUUGGUCUGAACCGCGGCCACAAAACCACCCCUCGUGUCGUCAAGCCCCGUGUCUCCCGCACCAAGGGCCACCUGAGCAAGCGCACCGCUUUCGUCCGUGAGGUCGUCAAGGAGGUUGCUGGUCUUGCCCCCUAUGAGCGCCGCGUCAUCGAAUUGCUCCGCAACUCCAAGGACAAGCGUGCCCGUAAGCUCGCCAAGAAGAGACUCGGUACUUUCGGCCGCGCCAAGAAGAAGGUCGACGAGCUGCAGCGCGUCAUCGCCGAGUCCCGCCGCGCCGCCCACUAA